GCCGGUUUAACGACACGCAAACAUUCAAACUUAAUUUGGAGUUGGAGUUUGUGUCUCUCUCUCAUCAUCACGGUGGCUAGGAGAUGUUAACUCCCUCGCCUGGCUUGGCCCGAGCGAGUUCCCGCCUUUUCACGAGUUGAUUCCGCCCCCCGCCGUGGCUUUGUCGGCACGAGGCUUCUGCGCCGGUGAGUGUCAAGGGCUCCAACGGGCCCCAAGCCGCUGCCCCGUCGUCACCGCCGCCGUGGACAAAGCGCCGAUGCUCGACAUCAUGAGCUGCGUGGAGAGGGACCUGCUGGACCUCGUGUUGCGCACGGGCUACAACAUCGUCCAGGAGAACGGACAGAGGAAGCUGGGACCGCCGCCCGACUGGCAGGGCCCCCCUCCCGCCCGCGGCUGCGAGGUGUUCCUGGCGAGGAUCCCGCGCGACCUGUACGAGGACGAGCUGGUGCCCGUGCUGGAGGCGGUGGGGCGGCUGUACCAGCUGCGCCUCAUGAUGACGUACCACGGAGAGAACCGCGGCUACGCCUUCGCCACCUUCGCGACGCGCUCGCAAGCCGCGGACGCCGUCAGGAGACUCCACAAGUCGGAGAUCCGCCCGGGGCAACGGAUCGCGGUUCACGUGAGCGUCGACAAUCGCCGCCUCUUCUUGGCGGGGCUGCCGAAGGUUAGGACGCGGGCCGAGGUGAUGGCGGCAAUGAGCGACGUCACGGAGGGCGUCGUGGACGUCCAGAUGCGCUUCUGUCGCCACGACAGGAGCCACAGCCGAGGCUUCGCGUUCGUCGAAUACGAGAGCCACCGCGCGGCCUGCAUGGCCCGCAGGGUGCUGCUGCCGUACUCCUUCCGGCUGUGGGGCCGAGACAUCCACGUGGACUGGGCCAUCCCGCAGCGAGACCCGGGGGCGGCGGCUGCUGCUGCUGCUGCCGCGGCGGUGGUGGUCGCCGGCGUGGGCCACGCGACCUUCGAACUGCACGCUCACUCGGAGCCCGGCAGGCCCAUGGGCCUCUUGUACAAGGUCUCCGUUCCCGGGAUGAUGCGGGAAGGCAGCGGCUUCUUCCCCGCGGUGCUGAGCUCCAGCGCGGAAGGAGCUCGCGAAGUGGCCAGCGGCCUUCUCUACGAAAUCCUCGGCGACGCCAACCCCCUGAGGGUGGGCCCGGUCCCCGCCGCCACGCUGCCUCCCGGCUGCCCCGUCCGGAACCUCCCGGCGUAUCCCGGCGACUUCCCCGCGCCCCGGCAGCCGGUCGCCGCGCGCCUGCCGACGAGCGGCACGCACCCGUAG